UCCUCACCAUCCCUUUGGUUUCUGGUCUCUUUCCCCCUCGCUUUUUUAUAUUUGGCUGUCGCCUCUUCCUAAGAAAACUGCACUUGCUUUUGUCUUUCUACUGUUUUCUUAUUCCUUUUUUUUUAUCUUCUCUAGCAUCUUUUCUUUUGUCCAUUUAGACAAAGGCCGGGACUAACUAGCUAGCUAGAAAGAUGAGUGGGGUUCAGGAAGGUGAUCAGAGUGUGAGUCUUGAUCUUCUUAAGCAGAAAAUGGCUAACUUUGCCAAGGAAAGGGACUGGGAUCAGUUUCAUAGCCCUAGAAAUCUCCUUUUGGCCCUGGUGGGUGAAGUUGGAGAACUCUCAGAGAUAUUUCAAUGGAAAGGAGAGGUCCCAAAAGGAUUGCCUGGUUGGAAAGAAGAGGAAAAAGUGCAUCUGGGUGAAGAGCUUUCUGAUGUUCUACUCUACCUUGUCAGGCUCUCUGAUAUCUGUGGCAUUGAUCUGGGGAAAGCUGCUCUGCGCAAAGUUGAUCUCAAUGCUAUCAAGUACCCGGCCUCUAAGAAAUACAUCAACAACAAUAAGGGCUUUGCAGAGAGUACUGAUUGAUGAUCUGAUCUUUCAAAAGCUUGCUGAAACACCAAUAGUUUAAAUAUGUUAUAAUGUUUAGGUGCAUGUUGUAGGGUUAUGGAUGACUUUGACUAGGCAGCUAGAAUUCAAAGCUAAGAGGAGUUACAUUGCAUGGAGACUCGCAGUAGGCAGAUUGAAUUUGCCUGCUCUCUCUAUCUGUCUCUCAUUGAAGAAUAAUGCUACUUAAACAGUGGGUAUAAUUACCUGCCGACAAUUUCUUUUUGAGCCAUAAAAACUUUCAAGUUUUAUCA